AUGGACCUCCCCCUACGACUCGAGGUGAAUCACCUCACGCCCGCACUUCUCCUUCCCUCCCGCGAUGGCGAGAUCCACCUCUCCCCGACGUCAAACUACCCAGCGCCGCACGGUACAGGUCUUCUCGGCGAGACGCUCCGCGUCUCUGUAACUCUUCGCAAUGUAACUGGGGCGCCAUUCAUCCCGCACUCCCCCCGUACAUCCUCUCCACACCUAGCCUCCCCGCGCCGCCCCUCCCAUCCCCUCCCCGCCUCGACCUCGACCUCGUCCUUCCGCUCAGGAACCCCACCCCCCCCACGUUCGGGCACCCUCUCCCCCCGAAAGGGAUCCCCGGCACCAGGAUUCGACAUCCGCGGCGCAAAGAUGAUGCUUGAAGUCCAGUCGCCUACUGCACGCACACGCCUCGGCGAGGCUGUUCAUGGUGGUCGGGAAGACGGGACGGAUCCCGCGACUGCCGAGAGUCGGGGGUGGGACGAGCUGCCCUGCCUAAAGCCGGGGGAGGGCGUCGAUAUCGACGUCAGCCAUGAUAUCGCUGAACUCGGGGCGCAUAUUCUCAUUGCGAGCGUGGCGUGGGAGACCGAGGAUGGGCGCCGCACGUUCCAGCGAUUCCUCAAGUUCAAUGUCACAGCACCCCUCGCAAUCAAGACGCGCGUCCACCUCCCCGCCAACGCGAACACGGCACUCGACGCGCAGCGCCGCAGCGCAAUCUACCUCGAGGUGCUGAUGCAGAACGUCUCGCCGGCGGCGAUGGAGUUCCGUUCAGUCGUACUUCAACCUACGCCGGGACUCGAGGCGCGGGCGCUCGGCGCUUUCGACACCCUAGACGGAGCGGAGACUGCCUUCCCACGAGCACCGCCAACUCCAGAGGAACCCCUCCUCUCCGGCGACACGACCCAGCGCCUCUUCGUCCUCACUCCCAUCGAUACACCGGAGGACGUCCCCCUCUCCUCCUUCCCACCAAUCUACGCACCAGGUACGGUCCUCCCCCUCGGUCGGCUGGACAUUGCUUGGGUCGCGGGCGGCGAGCCUGGCCGCUUCACGACCAGCACACUGAACCGGCGCACGCCAGCUGCUCCACCCUCCCGCCCGCUUUCAGUAGGCAGCGCUCGCAACUCUCUCUCGGCCCGCUCGUUCGAGUUUGACCUCACAGUCGCGGGACGGCGAUGCGCACCCGCCGAGUCUGAGGUUCCGCUCACUCUGCGUUUCGGCGUACGCGCGCCACCCGGUCCAGCUCCUCCACCCCUUCGUAUUGGUGUGCAGCUACUCUCCUCCGCUCCCGCCGCCGCUGUUGCCCCCGUCCCCGUCGCCGUCUCCGUCCUCCCCCCAAGCCGGACGGUGACGCCGCGCCCGGCCUCCCCCGCCCCCUCCAUCUCGAGCGGGAUGGAGCGCGAGGGGCCGCUCCAGCGCUCCAAAGACCGCCGGCCCUUCAGCCCGCUGCGCGACGCACCUUCCCGGCCCAUGACACCAGUCUCCGCGCAGCUCCGCCACGCUGCAGCCGUGCACAUCGCUAGUCCCUCUCCCGCGCCGUCCCCCGUUCCCCCCUCUGCACCCGCACCCCCACAGGCAUCGUUCCCUCCACCACCUACGCUCGAGCGCCCGCCUCCGCCUCUCUCGAAGCGCCUCACUACUGCAACGCUGACGCCGGCAGCGGGGUCGCAGGCGCCAUCCGUCCCGUCUGGCACGGCUGUGCGGCUUGGCCCGAGCCUCGUUGUGCCCCAGCCCAAGGAGUGGACUGUGGCGCGCGAGCGUCCAGGUACAAACUAUGCUGCGGAGGCGCCGGGUGGCGGCGCCAACCGCUGGGAGGUGGUUUACGACGUGCCCGUCACCUGGCUUGCCCUCGAGGAAGGUCUGGUUGAGCUGGGCGGUGCGCGUGUGCUCAUGAUGGACGCCGAAGCGGUCGGGCGCGAGUGGGAGUCGCUGGGCGACGUGUGGGUCGAGGCCUAG